GGGGAGAGUUGGAGAAAAAGACAGAAAAGGGAAAGAAAGAGGAAGAGAGAGAGUGAGAGAGGCUGAGCAGACCCUGAUGGCUACAGAUGAAGUUACAGGAGGGGCUCGCAAAGCUACGAAAAGCAAACUUUUUGAGUUUCUGGUCCAUGGGGUGCGCCCUGGGAUGCCAUCAGGUGCUCGAAUGCCCCAUCAGGGGGCUCCAAUGGGUCCCCCAGGCUCACCAUAUGUUGGAAGCCCCUCAGUGCGCCCUGGAAUGCCCCAAACAGUGAUGGAACCCACACGAAAACGCACAGCACCUCAGCAGGUACAACAACAGCAGGCGCAACAGCAGGUGCAACAGCAGCAGCAAGCAACUCAGACCCGAACCCGGAGUGCCAAGAGGAGGAAGAUGGCUGACAAAAUUCUCCCUCAGAGGAUCCGGGAGUUGGUUCCUGAGUCCCAGGCCUACAUGGACCUGUUAGCCUUUGAACGCAAACUGGACCAGACCAUUAUGAGGAAGCGGGUGGACAUUCAGGAAGCCCUGAAGAGACCGAUGAAGACACUCCUUGGAGAUGAUCGCUUCAACAGGGGACCUCGUGCAAGUGCAAAAGUUAAGAAUGCUCCUGAGCCCCUUUGUGAUAAAGAUCGAGACUGUGACUUGAUAUUCUGUGGGAAGCUAGAGUACAGAGAGAACAGCACAGGGUUUCAGAAAACCAAGAUCUGUGUGGCUGACGAGGAAGGAAGUGCCUCUGCGGGGGCCAUCAUGGUGAAGGUCAAGGCUCAAUCACCUCAACCCUGUGCAUCUUUCUGUCUGUCUGUUUCUCUCUCUCUCUCUCUCUCUCUGCUGCAGCCUCCACAGUUUAAACUGGACCCACGACUGGCCCGUUUGUUGGGAAUACACACACAGACCCGAUCAGCAAUUAUCCAGGCCCUCUGGCAGUACAUCAAAACAAACAAACUGCAAGACUCCCAUGAUAAGGAAUACAUCAACUGUGACAAAUACUUCCAGCAGAUCUUCGACUGUCCACGGCUAAAAUUUUCCGAAAUUCCUCAGAGACUCACUAAUCUGCUGCUGCCUCCAGACCCCAUAGUUAUAAACCACAUCAUCAGUGUUGACCCCAAUGACCAGAAAAAGACAGCGUGUUAUGACAUUGAUGUGGAAGUUGAAGAUCCCUUAAAAGGACAAAUGAGUAGCUUUCUCCUCUCAACAGCCAACCAGCAGGAGAUCACAGCACUGGACAACAAGAUUCAUGAGACAAUCGAAUCUAUAAACCAGCUAAAGAUACAACGUGAUUUCAUGCUCAGUUUCUCCAAAGAUCCCAAAGGAUACAUUCAAGACCUUCUCCGAUCCCAGAGCAGGGAUCUCAAGGUGAUGACUGAUGUGGUUGGGAACCCUGAGGAGGAGCGUAGAGCUGAAUUUUAUCAUGAGCCCUGGUCCCAGGAGGCUGUGAGCAGAUAUUUCUACUGUAAGAUCCAACAGCGCCGGCAGGAACUGGAACAGUCUCUGGGAGUGCGUAACACAUAAACAUUAUUCACAACCUCCCAUUGGCAUCAUGAAUCUAGAGCCAGUGGACGUCUCAGUGUUACUUAGCUCACUGUUACACAUGGACUUGCUUAAUGACUGGACAAGAAUGUGCCAUCAGCAACACCAGUCACAACACCAGCUUUAGCGUGACCCCUGAAAAUCCUGCUAAUGUGAGUGUCUCAAACCAUUCCAGGCCGGAGAGGGCACAAGAUUUCUAUUCCCCAUUGAGGUGUCCAUAUUAAUAAGGAUUAAAUGUUCAUCCAUCUACUUGCAUCAUUGAGUUUUAGUAGAAAGUUCAGACACUACACAGCAAACUUAUUGGACUAUACCAUAUAUUCAUGGGUGGGGGGGAUGCUAGAUGUUACAGGAGACUGUGGAUGUGGAGAAACAAAGGCGGUUCUCAUUCUUCAUGGUUUCAGCUGUGAUCUGAGAGUCUCCUAUGACAACUUUCUGCACUGAUAAUUCCCUGAAAUUGGACAAAAUGUUCUCUCUUCCAGCUGUGGAAUCAUUCAGUUUCCCAAACACAGCUUCCAUUCCAACUGGAACUGCCCAUUAAGUGACAAAACAUCUAAAAGGAAGAGGUACAGUCAGACCAUUCAUUCUGCAAGACCUUAUCCCAUUGAGUGAAAGAUGGAGUGAAGUCUGUUUCACCACACAAGCCAAUAACUCAUCAUGAUGCUCAAAUUUGCCAUGCUAAGAGGAAAAUAACUGCCUCUAUGAUAAGAAAACUGCCAGUGACAUCAUUGGAGCCAGUAGUGGUGAGGUUGGAGCCAAAAUGAAGCAUUCUGGGAAAGUGGAAAUGAUCUAGUGGUGCUUUUGCGUGCAUAACUGCUUUAGCUACAGUUAGUAUUACUGGAAGGCUACAAUGUAAGGUAUCUGAUUUCAUUACUUUUGUGCUGUGCUGGCUGUAACAUUAGGAACAGUGCUCAAGAGACGUUUCCUCCUGAUUACUGAAGUGCUGCAGCGUCCAAGAUGUGCAACUUCAUAGCAUGUAAGAAAAUUGCAGUGACUUCUCUUCUCUGACUCCAUGGAUGAACCCUAUGUUUCAACCACAGAUGUACUACCUAUACCAGAAAAAACUUUCAUCCCCUUUAUUUAAUCUGUAACUGUACUUCAGGAUGCUGCUGGGUUACAAGCACUAUCUGCCUCAAUCAAGUUCCAGCAGUAGAGAUUGAGAACUAGAAAAAACAGCUUCCCUCGAGAAGUAUAGGAGAUCCAGGCUAUGAAAAUUACAACCUAUUAAACAGCCAAGAAGUAGGGAGCAGUGGCACAUGCCCACUCUUCAAACUCCAUAUCUAUGUAGCUCCCAGGUCAGUCUGUAAUAAUAACCUAACAUGAUUCCCAGCCCAAAAAGCAGUUGCCAAAGUUGAAUGAAUAACAUAUUAAUGAUUGAGAAAUCGAACUCCUCUUCUGGGAUACUCCUACUUGCAUCCUUUUCUUCACUCUCAUGCAAGGAAAAAUAAGUUCAGGUUUGUAGUGCACUGUUCUUCUCAACAAUGUAGUUUGUUUUAAUAUUGCUAUCUCCUCCUCUGUCAUCUUUGCAGGUCUUCCCUGUUGGGGAAUUGUCCUCUUCUGGUGUACUCCUGAGUUUCCUUUGUCCAGUUCUGGAAGGGGACAUCCAUGCCUCUUCAUCCAUGUCUCUCUGCUUUUGUAUACCAUAGCUUUCACUCUGACCAUUGUGUUCAGAGACCUGUUUGGGCGUUUGAAUUUGGAUUGUGAUGAUGUAACAGUCAGUACUAUCUUAUAAAUUAAUUUGGUGUGAGACAGAUCCCUGCUUUGUCCUGGAUAGUGAAGCCUUUUAUUGUGAAUGGGGGAGCAUACUUCUCAAUGCUUGGGCUAAACCGUUUCAAUUUUAAAACCACUCCAGUACUGCGGUCUUAAGCUAAGGCUAGAGUGGGAAUGUAAGGUUCCUGGGAUGUGAAAGAUAUUCAGCUCUCAUUUACUCCAUUAACCUGACCACAGGCAAAACAUUCUGAAGGGAAACAGAGUGAGUUAUCUGCAACUGUGCUUCCAUAUUUAUUAGGCUGCUGUAUCAGUUGUGUGCAUGCUAUCCAGUGUGUAGGCUCUUUUCAGUACAUGUUAAACAGAGCAGCUACAUUCAGAGGAUGGGUUCAGUCUCCAGGAAUAAGAAAUACAUAAAUAAUACUUGUUUGUUUGUGUGUGUGAGGAAAGGAAGAGCAGGGGCUGGGGCAUAAGCAUGCAGCACAUGUGCCAGAGAACUUUAGAUUAGGUAAAUUUUCCCCUUCAGGUGCCAGAUGGUCAUGUGUGGAGAUUCCAGCUGUGCUGCCUCCACUGAUAAGAGAAGAUGGAGUGGCAACAGCCUUUCUUCCUUAUACAAGUCUGACUCAGUCCAGGAUUUAAUUGGACAUUUCUAUUACCCCAGGUCUGUGCUUUCUGGUCAGGUUAUUCAGAAUCACCAUUAGUGUUGUUGCUUCCAACUUAGAUAUUUCUACCACUGCAGUAUGUUAAUGCCAUAGAUUAACUAGCAAUAACAGUGAAUAUAUCCAGCUACAGGUUGUAUUCUCAGAGUCUCCCCCAAUGUUGUCCAGAAUUAUAUUCCCCAGUGAUUAUUCUUAGGAAUGGCUGAUGGCGAUCUCCCUUGGCUAAACUGAUUAUGGGAGUUUGAUUUUUGUCGUUGUUUAGAAACAGUCCUGCUCCUGCUCUUUUACUGAGGAAAUAAAGAGAGAAACAGUCCCGUGUAUUAUGGCCGUACAGCCAGGAGCUUGAGCCAAUACUGUAAGCAAGAAGGGAAAUUGUAUGUAGGGAGAAACAAUAGAGCAGGAUUGGGUAGAAGCCGAACAGCAUUGUAAUAAUGGCAGAAUUUGAACGAUAAACUAAAUUGAAUAAACUUAAUGGAUAGAAGAGGUUAGGAAGGCUCUGGAGAAAGCUCUCAGCAGAUGAUGAUAGAGGCAAAUCCUGCCUAGUGCAGGGAAAGGGCCUACAUGGACUAAAAGAUCCUUUCUGGCUAUUCUAUUUUGAUGCUAUAGGACAACACAAAUCUAUGCAGGGUGCAACAAAAAAUAGCAUCUGUCAGAGAAAGGGGGUAGAUAACAGCAUAUAGGUCCAUAUCUAUAUAUAUGGUGUAAACUAGAACCUAUAGCAGAUGACUGGGAACGGUUUAGUGCGGAAUCCAUGGUGUGCCAAUGCAUGGGGACAAGGAAGGUGCACCUUGGAGUUGAACUGUGAAAUUGGCAGGUUUGUAACACUCUUUUAGUGAUCCCUGCUUUGCACAGUGGAUAAGGAUUCAGAGGCAGUGCUUCCUAGAAAGUACAGAAUGAAAAGACCUAUUUGGCCAUCUAGACAGUUCCCCCAAAUGGGUGGCGGAAUACAGCGGUGGGAAGACAUGGAGCAGAGAGCACUCGAAGUGCUAUUAAAUCAUAGCACAGACUAAUCGGUGCAAUACCAUUUGGAUAUAGCACAGUCCAUGUAAUUCGGUAUGCUCUCUGUGUGUAUGCAAGUAUAAAUAUAUAUGUGGAAUAACCAAGUGAGACAGCCAGUCUGAUAACUACUGUGUAGGCUAGAAAAUGGGUAGGCAGGGCACAGCCUAAUAGUCUGUCAUAAACUUUGUCUGAAUUAUGGACAUUGUAGAAAUUUUUUUCACCAUUACUAACACUGGUUCAGAUGAAACUCGUAGUAUUGGCCAUUCUAGUGCAGAAAGCACUCCAGCUGCCAAUACUGAUUGUAGCACCAUGUUUAGAAUUGUGCCUUGCAGCACUGGAUGGCACAGUCCUGGAGCAGCUUGUGAGUCACCUACAAUAGAAUGCCCUUGUUAAUACUUGUGCAGUCAAGACUGUAGUCAGGUUUCUUUCUGUUAAACGCUCUUCCACAUUCAGUGGAAGCAGGUGAGGGCAAAGCAGACUGUUUUCCUGAAGAGUGCUUCCUCCUUUCUUGUAACUGCUCUGUUGUUCAGUGAGCUGCAUCUGAUCCAUCAGAUCUUACCUUGUAUGACAAACAGCUUUGCCAAUCUUAUUCAGGAAUGGAACUCCAUAACUUGUGUGUGUGUUUGUGUGUGUAUGGGGGGGGGGGGCGGAGAGAGUGACAAGAGAGAGCGAGAUUUCCUCUACUGUGUAGCCACCAUAUCUUUGUUGUACGAUGCAGAGUGAUUCGUAGAAAAGCUUUUAACAAUAAAUAAUUUGUUCCUUUGUAACCUUU